AUGGUUCACCUUUCAGUUAGUAUCGCGGUUUUUGCUGCUGCUGUCCAGGCACAGGAACUCUAUAUAACAAAGAACGGCACAUCUACACGACCUAAAUGUACACAUGCGGUCUCAUCUCUAAAUUAUCAAUUUCAACCAUUCUCGUAUACACUCAACGAGACUGUUAGAUACGCAACCUCGGUUCCUUCGCCCACCAAGACUAAAGCAUAUGCACCUGCAUACACAAAGGCUGUUAAAAAAUUAACCACAAGCUUAUCAACUUCGACAUGGGGAGAUUGGCUCCCGGGUCAGACCGCAAUCAGUGCUACUGAUACAAAUGAUCCUUAUGGUCAAGCAGCGUGGUCUUCAAUGUGGCUAGAGGCAGACCUUCAAAAUUACACGACUACGGGUCUCUUUUCUACCACUGUUAGCCCCACUGCCGUGCCAUCAAGUGAGCUCGUUCUACCCCCCCGCGACUAUUUUGGUCCGACCGAUUGCUACGACUUUCCCAAUGACUUUAUACUUGGAGUGGCUGGAAGUGCUGCUCAAAUCGAGGGUGCAAUCGGCCUUGAGGGUCGCUCUCCGUCACUUUUGGAAAAAUUCGGUGGCAAUGGUGAGCCAAAUGACUUUGUCACCAAUGAAAAUUAUUUUCUCUACAAACAGGAUAUUCAGCGGCUAGCUGCCAUGGGCGUCGAAUACUAUAGCUUCAGUAUUCCAUGGUCGCGCAUUCUGCCCUUUGUUCUGCCCGGAACUCCUGUCAAUCAGAAGGGCAUUGAUCACUAUAAUGAUUUGAUUGAUACUAUUCUCGAUGCGGGAAUGCAUCCUAUUGUGACAAUGCUUCAUUUCGAUAGUCCCUUGAUGUUUGUUGCUGAUGACAAUAUAACGGCACAUCCAGUCAUUGGAAAUGCUAAUGCCGGUUAUCAAAACGAGACCUUUGUGGACGCAUUUGUGAACUAUGGCAAGAUUCUUCUUACUCAUUUCGCGGAUCGAGUUCCCAUCUGGGUCACAUUCAACGAGCCACUCUUAUAUGCAUUCAACUUCCAGGGUGUGGAUAAUGUCAUCCAUGCUCAUUCGCAGGUAUAUCACUUUUACCAUGAUCAGCUCAAAGGCACCGGUAAGAUGGGCCUCAAGUUUAAUGAUAACUUUGGUGUUCCCAAAGACCCCAAAAACGCCAGUCAUGUUGAAGCUGCCAAUCGAUUCCAAGAAAUGCAACUUGGCUUCUUCGCCAAUCCGAUAUACUUGGGCAAGCAAUACCCUGACUCUAUACUGAACACUUUGCCGGGAGCUAGGAAACUCAAUGCCACUGAGCUCGCCUAUAUGAAUAAUACAGCAGACUUCUUUGGUAUUGAUGCGUAUACUGCUACAGUGGUCUCUCCUGCGGAUGAAGGCUUUGAUGCCUGCGCUUCGAACAACUCAAGCUCGAAUUCUCUCUUUCCUUAUUGCGUGAAUCAGGAGACAACCAACGUCUAUGGCUGGAAUAUCGGGUAUCGGUCAGCAUCAUAUGUAUACAUUACGCCAACCUAUCUCCGGGAGUUUCUAUCAAACAUUUAUAACACAUGGAAACAUCCGGUGUUCUUAUCAGAAUUUGGCUUCCCUGUAUAUGGCGAGUCGACCAAAGAGCUACCUGACCAGUUAUUCGACUCUCCUCGCAGUCAAUACUAUCUAUCGUUCAUGUCCGAAGUCUUGAAAUCGAUCUAUGAAGACGGGGUUCAUGUUAUGGGCGCCCUUGCAUGGAGCUUCGUUGACAAUUGGGAGUUUGGAGACUAUUCGCAGCAAUUUGGCAUCCAGAAAGUCAAUCGCACAACGCAAGAGAGAUAUUAUAAGAAGAGCUUCUUUGACUUGGUGGACUUUGUGAAGACUCGGCAGAGCUCGCGGCGAAAUUGA